UGCUUGCAGCUCGCGGAUAGUAGUCUCAGUCGAGAAGUAAAGUGUUAGACCAUUAACGAUGUCUCGCGCUAUUUUCGCAUUGUUCGUGAUCGGAGUGCUUUUCAGCAUGACUACUGCCCAGCAGUGCCCAGCAAAUCAGGAAUGGAACCCUUGCGGAUCAGCAUGUCCACCAUCAUGUAAUUUGUCGCCCCAUCGACCUUGCACAUUGCAAUGCGUACCAGGAUGUCAUUGCAAAGAAGGACUCUUACUCAAUGCUAAUGGACAAUGCGUGUCUCCUCAGAAUUGCUAAAGAUUAACCAAUGUAUCUGCUUAAGGAACAACCAAUUAUGUUAACAUUUUAAGAUUCUCAUAAAAAUUUGAACAAAAAAGUAACUUUGUAAACCAUACCAGUGAAUAUACGAAUAUAUUAAUUGUAAUUAGAUGUAGUUGUUCGUUUACGCACUUGUUACUUAAUGACAAUAAAUAGUUAAUUAAAAUUA